GUAUUUCGUCCGCCAUUCUUGACACAUAAGUCGCCAUAUUUUAUUAUUACAGAAAAGAAGUCAUCAAAACUUAAUUUGUUUGGUUUUUCUUAAAAAAAUUGUAUAGGAGAUUAUGAAUCAAGGAGAAUUAUUCAGUUUUCAGUGAAGAAGAAUAUAUAGUCAUUACUUUCAGUAACAUUAAACGAAGUUCUGGAUUACGAUGAGUGUUAUUAUUAGACUUCAAAAUUUACCUUGGUCGGCAAAUGCGUUAGAUAUAAGACAAUACUUCAGUGGUCUCGGAAUACCGGAAGGAGGAGUUCAUAUUGUUGGAGGGGAACUCGGUGACGCUUUUAUAGCUUUCAGUACUGACGAAGAUGCGCGUCAAGCGUUCAUGAGAAACAAUGGCAAAAUCAAAGAAGUUCAAAUUACUCUUAUGCUCAGUUCGCGUACCGAAAUGCAACGCGUCAUCGAGCAAGCGCGUUCCCAAUCGUACGCGGCAUUCAUGCAACCGGUGCCGAGCGCCGUUCCACUACCCGCCGCCGUUCCCACCCUCAUUCCUCCGGUAGUAGAACCUAAGAAAGACGGCAAAGAAAAAAAUGAUAAAAGAGAGAGCCGCAGGAGAUCCAGAUCGAAAUCGAGAGACAGAAAAGAUAGAUCGAGGGAACGGCGACGGCAUCGUAGAAGUCGAUCUAGAUCGAGAGAUCAUAAAUCGAGCCGACGAAGAGACAGAAGUAGAAGUAGGGGAAGAUCUCGUUCUAGAGAUCGUAAAGGGAAAGAAUAUCGUCGACGUUCAGAAGAGCGAAUCGCCAAUACAGUACAAAAGGAUCAGAAAAAGAACGUUUCGGAAAUAUGGGCGAAAAAUAACAUCGAAAGAACAUCGCAACAACAAAAUCAAUCGAAUAGAAUAGCGGAAACAAACAAUUUUCAAAAUCCCAACAACGGAACCGUUUUUAGAUCCAGUUGGCCGCCGAAUAACAACCCCGACGAUCAUUACCAAAACAACCGAAAUUUCGAUAAUUUCCAAAAUCGAUUCCAAAGAAAUCUACCGAAUCAAAGGAUUGGAAAUCGAGUCGAUAACGAUCCUACUAUGAAUUGUAGCAUCGCCCUCGAGCCGUUCUACGGCGGUUACGGUGACGUGAGAAGAUUCUUCCACGGUAUGUUUAUCAGCGGAAACGGCAUCAAAUUCAUAAACGAUUUCAACGGUAGAAGCACCGGCGUCGUUUACGUGCGAUUUUCAAAUAGGAAAUUCAAAGAAGAAGCUCUCCGGAUGAGCGGAGAAAUGUUGAACGGCACCGCCGUAGUCAUCACUCAUAUCGACGACGCCGAAUUCGACGAAGCCACCGAUCGAUACAACCCGAGAAAAAUCGACAACGGCGACGAAAAUAUCAAUUUCAGAAGUAAAAACAUAACGAAAUAUUUCAAUCAAACUAACGAAGUCGAAGUCGUGAAAAAUUUCACGUGUCUAACCGUCGACGAUCUACCGACUUAUUGCAAAGAACAAGAUAUCUUACACAUGUUCUCCCAACACCCUCUAGUAGCCUUAAUACUAACCACGAAAAAGAAAGGCGGUUACAUAGCCUACGUUAAAUUCAGUAGUCAGGCCGUGGCGAAGAAAGCCUCGGAAGAAAAAUCCCUCCAUAUAGUCGGCGGUAAACAAGUAACCGUCCUACCGUGCAAAGACGAAGAUUUCGACGAAAUCAACCGACAACACGAGGUCAAUAUCAAUAGUACGAAAGCCGAUGACGUCGGAACGGAUUGUCUGAGCGUAUCGCGCUUACCGGAAAAAACCAACGACAAAGAUAUCGCCGAUUUCUUCUCCGACAUCGGCGUUAUACCGACGAAAAUCCACCUGAUGAGCAACAACCUCGGUUUCACCGGUCAAGCCUACUGCGAAUUCGCUAACGUGGAAGAAGCGUCGCGCGCCGCUAGAAAAAACGAAACUUCCCUCGGAGAAUCUUCCGUAUCCGUCGUACCCAUCCAACGAACGGAAAUGGAAACUAUUCUAGGAACCACCGUACCGGCACCCGAACCCGAAAAUACCGAAGAAACCGACGAUAAAACUGUCCCGGAAGAAAAAGCUACUCCGAAACCGGUUCUACCGCUGUUGUCCAACAUUAUCAAUCCUCCGAACUCGUUGAAUUUCAUCUCGCCGGAUAACCACCACCACUAUUAUAAUCACAGAGCGCCGUUUCCGUUCCGGCCGUUCGAUAACAUGAGAGGACCGAGGUUUUCCGGUCGGAAUAUGGCGUUCAGGCCGAGGAAAGAACCGUCGAAAGACAUAUUCGACGAUGUACCGCCCGGGUGUACCGUCUUUAUGAAAAACGUUCCCUACAAAGCGAAUACCAACGACAUUUUGAACUUUUUCGAAGGGUACAAUCACACCAACAACGUCAGUAGACGGUAUAACGCCAAUAAUACGCCGAGCGAUGAGGCGAAAAUUAUAUUUUUCGACGCGGAAGAAGCGACGCGGUGCGUUAGGGAAUUGAAUAAACAAAAAAUUUGGGAUCGACAGAUUUUUCUGAGGCAAGAAUAGAAACGAAAAAAAAAAAAAACGUUUACGUUUCCGUGUGAGAAAAUUUCGUGGAAGAGCCGACCAAAGACAAGAUUUUUUUACGAGAUGGUGCAUUAGUUUUUGUUCAAACGAUAUUUUCAAUCGGGACUGAAUAUUUUUAUUUGUUGUAUAAUUUUCGAGCUAGACUCGGUAUAAAUAUUUAUAAGCGAUUCAUUGGUUAUAAAUAUUUUCAUUGCGCAUGAUCGUACUAAACAAAUUUUAUUUAUAUAAUGUCAAUAAAAUUUAUCAUAAUGAUAA